UGCAGAAAGUUGAUAUGAGAAAUUGUAGUGCACGUGAUCAUUCGGUACAGGUUUAGGUUAUGUACAGUGUUUGGUGAAUCGAGUCAUAGAGUCUUUCGUCCUUUCGUUCGUUAUUUUAAGGUUCUAGACUAGAGGAGAGGUGUGAUCAUCAACAAUGUCAGAAGAAAGACAUGUGAAACCAAAAUUGAUUGUGUUUGAUCUUGAUUACAGCCUUUGGCCUUUCUAUGUUCAAAAGCAUUUGGUGCACCCUCUCUUGCAAAACAAAGGGGAAAUAUUCGACAUGCGCCUAAGGCCAGUCAAGCCUUACCCUGAGGUACCAAUGAUACUCUCUGAAUUGAAUGAAAAGGGCUAUGAACUAGCCAUUGCCUCCCGAACAAGUGAAAUCAGAGGAGCCAAUCAGCUAAUCAAACUAUUGGGUUGGGAUAAGUACUUUAAGUACAAGGAAAUUUAUCCUACCAGCAAACUUAAGCAUUUUUCCAAGUUUUGUGAUGCCUCUCACUACAAAUAUGAAGAAAUGCUGUUCUUUGAUGAUGAUCAUAGGAACAUACAAGAACUAUCUGAAGUAGGAGUGACAUGUGUCCUUGUCCCUGCUGGAG